AUGAGUGAUUCAUUUUUUUCUUUAGUAGAUCAUAGAAAAACUAAGAGAUUCUCUGAUUGGAAACAUACCACUAGAUUCAAAUAUCGAAAAUAUUUGGUAAAUAAAAAUAAAACGGAAGGAGGCCCAGAAGUGAAAACUCCAUUGACUAGUCUUGAGGAACGAGCAAUUAAUGCUUGGGGAAAAGUUGUUGUUGAAGACUUCAACAUUGAAAAUAUAGAAAUUGUGUUAGAAGACAAUGCCCAACCACCAAUUGUACCUGAAACACCAACAAUUAAGAUACCUCUACGAGAAAUUCUAUUAGAAAACAAUGUCCAACAACCAGUUGUACCUAAGACAUCAGGAAUCAAGAGACCUCUACAAAAACGUUAG